CGUGGGUUAUUCCAGCGUCCCCUGCUAGUGAUAGUAGUGAGCUGUGACUGGAAUAUAGAGUGCUUUGUUAUAUUGUUUGCUCUCCAGCCCACACAGUGUACGCUAUACAGGACACGCUGAGGAGCCAGCAGCAUGUCAUACAAGCAGGCAGCGCGCCAUGAGAGGAGGAGCAGAGCUCCCAUACUGCCUCGGUCUGUCCGCUACCUCUGACCCGGGAGGAGGAAGCUGUGCUAGAUAGAAGAGUGUGUGUAAUGCCGAGCCUGUACGAAUUCUUUACAUUGUCACCGCUAAUGUGCACCUGACAAGAAAUAGCCCGGAGCUAGUGCUAGUAGCGUCUGUGCUGCCUUCAUUGAGGUUCCUCACACGUUGUGUAGUAACAUGUACUAGUGAUAGGAGGACGCUGCACGUGUUGGUUGGAAGGCUGCAGCAGUCCUGUGGUAACCUGUGCUCAUUUAUUCAGUGCAAACACAUUUUGGUUUAAUUAGUGUAAGUACAGAAACAUUUUUUUCAUUUAUAAACAAAAUUGCACUCCUUGGUUCCUUGAUUGAGUACAGAAAUGGAAGAAGGUGCUGAGAUGCUGGGUAUGGCCCUCAGCGGCAGUUCGGACAGUACCGUGACCUGCCCCGUGUGUGCCCAGGCCAUGCCAGCCCAAAACAUCAACAGCCAUCUUGAUUCCUGCCUGGCUGUGAAGCCAAGCGGAAUGAUGCCUAAGAAAAGGCGGCUCUCCGCAUACGAAGAGGGGUUGGAGGCUCACGGGAAGGCCUUUGGUUCAGCAACGGCCAGUUUCCCGGUGUUCCAGAAACAUAAGACCGCUGAGCACUUAAACGAGGAGACUUCGUCUAUCUUUGGCUCAGCAACAGCCAGUUUCCCUGUGUUCCAGAAACAUAAGACCGUUGAGCGCCUAGGUGAGGAGACCCCGUCUAAGUCCCCCUUUUUUCCCAUGACCUCCCCCAGGAGGACUGAUAUGAAUGACAAGCGGAUGGAUAUCAAUGCGGGAUGCAGUGCUGAGGUUGUACAGAGAGAACCAUAUAAUAGAGAGUUGGCCCAGCCAAGUGAGGUCCUACAAGGACCCCCCAAAGGGAAGAAUAUGGCUGAAAAAUUGGAUGGCAAGCCGCUGGCUGACAAAAUGAGACCCUGCACCCUCCAACAUUACAUGGGCCAAGAGAAGGUCCUUGGAGAAGACACCAUGCUAAGAAAACUCUUACAAGCCAACGAUAUUCCUUCUAUAAUCCUGUGGGGGCCUCCUGGUUGUGGCAAGACAACGUUGGCUCACAUAAUUGCCAAAAAUACCAACAAAAACAAUACACGCUUUAUAACUCUGUCUGCAACAAGUGCUUCUACCAAUGAUGUACGAGAGGUCAUCAAGCAAGCCCAAAAUGAGAUUAAACUUUUCAAAAGAAAAACUAUCCUCUUUGUUGAUGAGAUUCAUCGUUUUAACAAGACGCAACAGGACACGUUUCUACCACACGUAGAAUGUGGGACAAUCACUCUAAUUGGAGCAACAACGGAGAACCCUUCGUUCCAGGUGAACAAUGCGUUAGUAAGCCGCUGCAGGGUUAUUGUCUUGGAGAAGAUCUGUGUGGAGGCGAUGGAGGCUAUUUUGAAGCGAGCCGUAGACUCCUUGGGAAUCCAACUUCUAAGAGAGGAUGAAAAGGCUGAGUGCAGUAGCAGCGAUGCUUCAGAAUCUCCAAUGUGUAUAGAGGCUAAAGCUCUAACAACUUUAGCACAUCUCUGCGAUGGUGAUGCCAGAACUGGCCUGAAUGGCCUGCAGUUGUCUGUCCAAGCUAGACUUGCAGCAGGAGAUGAUCCACAGAAACACAGAAUGAUCAUAAAGGAGGAGCACAUUAAAGAAGGCUUGCAACGCUCCCAUAUUCUCUAUGACCGAGCUGGGGAAGAACACUACAACUGUAUAUCAGCAUUACACAAAUCUAUGCGAGGAUCUGAUCAGAAUGCCUCUUUGUAUUGGCUUGGUCGAAUGCUUGAAGGUGGAGAAGACCCCCUUUACGUGGCUAGACGUCUUGUAAGAUUUGCAAGUGAAGAUAUAGGUCUAGCUGAUCCCCUGGCUUUAAACCAAGCAGUGUCAGCUUUUCAAGCCUGCCAUUUUAUUGGAAUGCCGGAAUGCGAUGUUAUAUUGGCCCAGUGUGUUAUGUACUUGGCCCAAGCACCAAAAUCGAUUGUUGCUUAUAGUGCGUACAAUAAGGUGAAGCAGUGCUUGAAGAACCAUAAGGGGCCACUUCCACCAGUUCCACUCCAUCUGCGGAAUGCCCCCACUAAACUAAUGAAGAAUUUGGGUUAUGCUAAAGGAUAUAAAUAUAAUCCGAAAUUCAGUGAGCCAGUAGAGCAAGAUUACUUGCCUCCAGAAAUGAAGGGGAUGAAAUUUGUUUGAACUUGAUGUCUCUGCCUUAACUAUGUUCUGUGAACAUGCAGUGAAAUAAAUACAAUUUCUAAAAUGUGCUAUUAUCAGUGCACUUCAAAACCAAAUUCCGAAUUGCUCCAAGUAUUUUUGGAUGUCUCAUUUUUAGAAUUUCCUUGUAACUUUUUCUCAAAGUGUUAUUUUUGUAAUUAAGCAUAUUACAACUUGCAAUGUACUCUUCUAGCUAGCCUUUAAAUAAGACAAAUACAUGAACAUACCUUGCUACUCAUCAGAACUGCCAGUGAAAGGUCUGUGCUAACAGACUUUGAUGGGCACAUGCAAUGUGCUGAGAUAUUUUCAGAUUAAUUGCAGGUGCAUUUGAGCAGCAGCUAAUAUUCUGACCUGCAUCUGAUACAAGACUUUUUUGCAUUCCAAAAACAUAUACAGAGCAAGAAGCCAUUCUGGAGUAUAACAAAGCCCAUCAACUCAACAAGGCCUUUUAUAAGGAAUAUGACAAACUUUACGAGUGAGACUUCAUGCAUCGUAAUAGUAGCUUUCCUCAAGGUCAAUAAGCAAAAACAUUUUUAGUUAUAAAUUAAUAUUCAGAAAAUCACUUCAUGUCCAUUGAAGGCAAUUGCUUAUGAUAAAUAAAUGCAAUCCAAUUAUUCAAAUAACGAUUUAUGAUCAUUAAUAAAAUACUGUGUAUUGCACAUCAA